AUCUAAUUUGAUGAAUUAAAAGAAUUAGUUUCACGAUAUUAUAUUAACACAUUUUCAUAUUAAUUUUUAAAAUAGGAGUAUCACAUAAGAUUAAUCUUAUUUUAUAAACUUUAUGAUAAAAUUAAUUAUAGGGUAAUUUAAUCUCGAAUUUUCCAAUCCCUAUAUACUCCAAGUCGUGACGUCACUCUUGCUUCACACGGCAUAAACGCUGUAUGGCCCACAUAUCUCUAGAGAGAGGAAGAGAGCUCGUCUCGUGUAGUCGGUCUAAUGCACCUUCCUCCCCUUUUCUUUUUUCCUUAGCCACAUCAAUAAUCUCCUCCCUAUAUAUAGCUAAUAGCCCCCACCCCCAAUUCAUCAACAACCCUAAAUUCCCAAAUUCCAUAAAUCUUAAUCUUCAUAUCCACUAAUUUUCAAUCGAUCAAUCCUCUCUUCUGCAGCAAUGGAGUACCGCCGGUUGAACAUCACCGUCCUCUCUGCCCAGGGGCUGAAGGACGUCAACCACUUCUCGAAGAUGGACGUCUACGCCGACGUCUCCAUCGCCGGCUACCCCCAAUCCCGCCAGCGCACCCCCAUCGACAAGAACUCCGGCACUUCCCCCAAAUGGAACCACCGCAUGGAGUUCAUCGUCGACGAGCCCUACCUCACCAAGCCCGGCCUCUCCCUCCUCUUUCAGAUCCGGACUCAGAGCACCUUCGGCCCCGACAAGGACAUCGGCUCAGUCACCGUCCCCGUCCACGACCUCUUCACCCCGGCAUCCGCCUCCGCCGACCGAACCCUAGAUUAUCAGGUCGUCACCCCCUCCGGCAAGCCCAAGGGCACCCUAAAAUUCUCCUACAAAUUUGGGGAAAAAUUCACACACCAACCGGAGACAAAGCGCGCCGCCGAGCCGGUCACGGCGUACCCGCCGCCGCAGUAUGCUUACCCGCCCGCUCAGCAUCCGGCGGGGUACGGGUACGGGCAAGGAUACCCGGCGGCUCCCCCCGCGGGGUACGGGUACGGGCAAGGGCACGCGGCGGCUCCCCCGGCGGGGUACGGGUACGCUCCGGCGUACGCGCAGCCGCAGAGGCCGAAGAAGAAUAAGAUGGGAAUGGGCGGCGGAUUAGGGUUGGGAUUGGGGGCGGGAUUAUUGGGAGGAUUGCUGGUGGGAGAUAUGGCGUCGGAUAUUGGGGAAUCGGCGGCCUAUGCUGAUGGCUAUGGUGAUGCCAUGGGCGACAUGGGUGAUUUUGAUUUCUAGGGUUUCUGUUAUUGAUUUUUUUUUUUUUCCUCUUUAUUCAUAGAUUUACUUAUGCAUAUGAGUGAUAUUUAGCGGACUUUAGCUGUUGUAUAGUAUAAUAUAAGAAUUAAAUCAGAUAAUGAAUGAUCGAAUUUUCCUGAUA